AUGAAUGAAGCAUUCAGACGUUGGAUUUCAUUCAAGGGGGGUGGUGGUGGUUGUGGAUUGUGCCCAUGCGAGGGCACAUCAGAGGCAGCGAUGUCCUGUGCAAGUUUCGUCGGAACGAACGAACGAACGAACCAGGCGAGAGUUUCUCUAAUUGGCGUGUUCAGUUCUGUGCAGAAUUCGAUUCCCUUCCCUUCCCUCGCCAGGAAGAGGUGGGUUCGUGAACAUCGAGUCGACGAGCAAGCAAUGAAGGUGCAGUGCGCGCGUCGUUCGUCGUCGUCGUCGUCGUGGUCACAGACCAAGAGGAAAGAAAUCAAGAAAUCUCCUCGUGAACGAGUCACGAUCUCGUCGUGUUGUGCUGGUGUGCGUUUUGUGGUGUGGUGCCGUGCGGUGGUGGCGAGGCGAUUUCCAGUCAGGCCUGCCCACAUGUUGAACGAGUCGUGCGGGUGCCGACUCUGCGGCGAGUCUGCCACAGCACUCCGGUCCCAAGUCUGGUUUGGAUUCGGGUCCACAAACACCUACCACACUCUGCACAGUGCACGUCAGUAG